UUUGAAACUAGAUUAGAAUAGAUAACCGAUCACCCAUAACUUAAUACUGAAAUAUAUUCAUAGGCAAAUGGGAUCUUAUUAAACAUACUUUGAACAGUUGCAACAUAUUUUUUCUUUUUUAAAAAUACCAAUUUUCUCCUGCCUUUUUCCUCCCAGGCUCCAGCGGUCCUUCAAGUCAUCAUCGCAGCCUGUUCUAGAAGUCACUUUCGUUGAGUACCGAGAUGGUUUCUGUGAAUGACAGCCACGUGACACACUUAAAGUCCGGCGAGAACGGCUUGGUGAGCGAAGACGUUUUGGACAUUUUCGUCGUCAUUUUCUUUGUCGCCGCUGCAGGAUCCAUCAGUUUUUUGGGAGCAAUUUUCAACGUCAUCAACGCUAUAGUGUUCUUCAAGCAAGGUUUUCAAGACACCGUGAACAUUACUCUGUUUUUUCUGGCCAUCUCCGACAUGGCAACCUUAAUGAAUAUCAUGUGGAUAGGCGUCUGUUUCAACCCUUUGUUCGUCCAAGCGGAUUUCCCCGUCCACUACCAAGACUUGUCUUACAUAACGUCGGGCUGGCUUGGCUGGUGCUUCGCUCGUAUCUCUAGUUGGAUCACGGCGUUUGUCACUUUUGAGAGGUGUCUGUGCAUCGCGCUACCCCUGAAAGUGAAAACUAUCAUAACUCCGAGAAAUACAGUGAUCGUAGUUCUUGGAAUAUACAUCACCAUGUUAGCUAACGUCGUGCCUGUGUACUACUCUAUCAGUCUAGGGCCCAAGUAUUUCCCUCAACUAAACCAGACAAAGAUGGGAUUAGUUUACAUAGCUAACGGUGUCUCUAUCGAAAACGUGUCACUUUCUAUCAAUGCUAUAUCUCAGAUGGUUUCCUUCUUUGCAACAAUCGCAUGCACGAUCAUCCUUGUUCACAAUCUUCUUCUCAAGUCAAAAUGGCGGCAGUCGAAAUCUAGCGCCGUCCAACAGAAAUCUUUUUCAAAAAGAGAUACAAAAGUCGUCAAGAUGAUAGUGUUCAUUGCAUGUGUGUUCAUCGCAUGUUAUUUACCGAGCGCAGCCAACUUUAUUGCAUCGGUGAUUUUUGACGAGUACGGUCUUAAUGGUAGAUAUCGGAAUAUGUUUGUUCUAACGUGGUCCAUUUUUCUCACUCUAGUGGCCCUCAAUUGUUCUGUCAAUAUAUUUGUCUAUUAUAGCAUGAGCUCAAAGUUCGGGGAAAUUCUGAACAGCAUGCUCAAUAUAAACAGAACUGAGACAUAAGUGUUAGGAGAAGCAAGAUGAUUUCCACACUGGAAUAGA